AUGGACGCCAACCGCCACCACCCGUCCCUGCUGCUGCUCCCGGCCCCACCAUCACCGGCGACCAAGGAGUCCUUGAACGCCGCAUACCGACCUCCCGUCGAGGCCGCCAUCUCCAAAUGCCGCAACCCAGAGCACGGCACCGUCCUGAUAGUAGCCCUCGUGGCGCCCAUCCUCUCGGGACCCUACCGCUACUCCAAGACCCUGAGCUGGCACCACGCCCAGUCCCUCGUCGCGGGCCUGUACGCCAUCGCGUCUGCGGCCUGCGCCAAGCUCUCGGUGGACGCGCACGUGGGCGCCGGGCCGGGCUCCGUCGACGUCCGCGUGCUCCUGGUCGACCGUCAGCAGCACGGUGACGACGGGAACAAGAAGCCCGCGCCGCUGCCGGCAGACGUCGCCAAGGCCGUGGCGGCCGCCGAGCCCAACAACACGGCCGUCCCUGACCUGCCCACCUUUGCCGCAGCCCACCGCCCGUGGGCGAGCAUCUACCAUUGCGGUACCGAGGCGGGACUGGGCCUCUUUGCCGACUACCUGCGCCUGGCCGAGGCGAGCAGGCAGGUGCUGCGGCAGGACCAGCUGGUCGCCGUUCCGGGCGGCGUAACCAUGCACGACCCGUCGUCCACGGCGGACGGCGAGAGCGAGCAGACCAAGGGCCACGGCAUAGUCUGCAUCGGCGGGACGUUUGACCACCUCCACGCGGGCCACAAGCUGCUCCUUACGGGCGGCGCGCUGCUCCUGGACGUGCCCAGGAUGGACGAGGGGGCUAAACCCGCGACUUUCAUCGUCGGCAUCACGGGCGACGAGCUGCUCAAGAACAAAAAGUACGCCGAGCUCGUGCAGCCCUGGGAUAGCCGCGCGAGGAGUGUCAUUGAUUUCCUGGCGACGCUGCUUCGUCUCAGUCCAGAGGAGGCGAGGCCCAACAUAGACGAAAAAGACGGACUCUUUGUCGCUCGGUUGCGCGGCGGUGCCGUCGAGGUGACCUGUGUCAGAAUUCAAGACGCAUUCGGGCCGACAAUCACCAUGCAGGAGGUUACGUCUCUUGUGCUGUCGGCCGAGACGAGAGCAGGAGGCAAGGCUGUCAAUGAUAAACGUGCCGAGCUGGGCUGGCCGCCGCUUGAGCUCUUCGAGGUUGAUGUCCUGGAUGCGGGAGAUGUGCAGUCGUCGGACGAACCUACCAAGACUGCCGAGUUCGCUUCCAAGAUAAGCAGCACGACUAUUCGUAAGCUCAAGGCAGAGUCACGGGUUUGA